UAGAACGACCUGUACGAAUCACGCGCAUACGAUUAGUGGUAUACGAUUCUCUGAUCGAUAAAUACGAGUUGGAGAAUAACUCGAAACUCGAAAGCUAGCGGCGUGGCUGAUUGCUCACCCCCAUUUUUGACAGUGCAUCUGAAAUAUUGCACUCUCUCAAAAAAUGACUGCUCACGACCAAAUGCGUGCUAUGCUCGACCAAUUGAUGGGAACUGGACGGAAUGGUGAAAAUAACAAAUUUCAAGUGAAGUACUCGGAUCCAAAGGUCUGCAAGAGCUUUUUGCUGGCAUGCUGUCCACAUGAAAUCUUAUCAUCAACAUUCUAUUUCCAGAGUCUCUGGAAAAAGCAAUUCCAAUCAGAUCCAUUGUACAAUAUUGUUGCGAGUAUUGUCCGCUCAUAUGUCGUGUUGUACUUCUCGCUCUCACAUGCGCGUUACUGUAAGUACUGAAAAGCGAAGAGGACGUACGUAUUACAAUUCUACAAUUUGAUUAUCUCUUAACAUAAUUCAAAUACUAGGUAUAUUAAUUUGAUUAAUAAUAUAUAAAGGCGAGCGGUUACCUCAGCCCCUCUACCGGUCAACGGUGGCGAGGCUGAGUGUUGAAUAUUAAUUCCGAGACCCCGAAAGGCCUGUAUAAAGUUGGUGAGUAGCGUCAUGCUGAUUCAUGAGACGAUGUCUUAUUGUCGCUUCUUACUAAUAAUGCCGUUUACGGCAGGUAGAAAUGAAGUUUACUUUGAAAGUAUGUGUGAAAAUCGUAUUCAUCCUCGGAGAUAUAAUGGGUACAGGAAAUGAAGCAGUGAUCUCUUCAUUGCCAUCGCAUUGUCGUGUCAGGCGGAGAGGUGUUACCACUCUCGCAUGGACCUGGGAGAAUGCCCCCAGAUUCACGACUUGGCCCUACGGGCUGACUAUGAGGCUGCGCAAAAGAAGAAGGACCAUUUUUACGACAUCGAUGCUAUGGAACAUUUACAAAAUUUUAUUGCCGAUUGCGAUCGUCGUACAGAGCAAGCAAAACAACGUCUCGCGGAAACGCAAGAAGAACUUAGCGCUGAAGUAGCGGCAAAGGCGAAUAACGUUCAUGUACUCGCUGAAGAAAUUGGCAAAAAAUUGGCUAAAGCCGAGCAACUUGGCGAGGAAGGCUUUGUUGAGGAAUCCAUGAAGCUUAUGGGUGAGAUUGAUGAAUUACGAAAGAAGAAAAAUGAGGCUGAACAAGAAUAUCGAAAUAGUAUGCCUGCAUCCAGUUAUCAACAACAAAAAUUAAGAGUUUGCGAGGUUUGCAGCGCAUAUCUUGGAAUUCAUGAUAAUGAUCGACGAUUAGCGGAUCAUUUCGGUGGAAAAUUACAUCUAGGCUUUAUCAAGAUUCGAGAAAAGUUAGCAGAACUUCAAAAAACCGUCGAAGAACGACGCAAAGAAAAAAGAGAAUCGUUAUUGGAUAGACGCAGAGAUAGAGAUAGAGACGAUCGUGAACGUGAUCGUGAUAGCCGACGUGGAGGAUUGGCUUAUAGAGACAAAGAUCGCGAUCGCGAUCGUGAACGUGAUCGUGACCGUGACCGUGAUCGCGACAGAGAUCGUGACCGUGACCGUGAUCGCGACAGAGAUCGUGACCGUGACCGUGAUCGCGACCGCGAUCGUGAUCGUGAUCGUGAUCGUGAUCGCGAUAGAGAUCGAGACCGCGAACGGAGAGAUAGGGAUAGGAGAAAGUCACGCUCUCGAAGUCGCAGUCGUGGAAAAAGAUCAAAACGUUCACGCAGUAAUAGCCGUAACCGUCGAUCCCGUUCUCGUCAUAGUGGAUCUAAUGAUCGAAAAAGAUAAAAUUAAUUAUUAUUUUUAAUUAUGCUCAAUCAUUUUUUCUUCGUAUGAAUUAUCACGUGCUUAUUUGUGCACAAUGUAUUUAAAAGAAAAAGAACGAACAAAAAGAAACAAAAUAUUUGCA